CCGAAAGGACCAAUGAAAAAGUUGUUUAGGAAGGCCGUCGGCCUAGCCACCGAAAGGACCAAUCAGAGAGCUUGUUUGAGCGGCCAGCUGGCGGAACGACCGACAGGUUCAUUGAAACAACCUGUUUGAAAAGACCGCCUCAGGGAACGUCCGAUAGGGCGGGCGCAACCGGAGAAGUAUUUAAAGGGCCGCGGACCGAAGAAUCAACACUGAGAAGGCGGAAGAAAGAGCCCGAGGGACUAGCAGAACAGACUGACCAUGCCGAGCUACAAACUGACGUACUUUGACGGCCGUGGCCGCGCGGAGACCUGCAGACUGCUGCUGGCUGCAGGCGGGAUUGAGUACGAGGACAACCGGCUACCUCAGGAGCAGUGGCCCGCAUUCCAGCCGAAAACGCCGUUCGGACAGUUGCCCGUUAUGGAAGUGGACGGAACGGUGCUCGGUCAGACUAACAGCAUCGCGCGUUAUGUCGCCAAACUGGCAGGAUUGACAGGGAAGACCGCCCUGGACCAGGCUAAGGUGGACAUGAUCAUGGAGGGCGCCGUGCCUCUGUUCCAGAAGGCAGGGGAUGUCGUGAUGGGUGAAGGGGACGAGGCGAAAAAGGCAGAGAAGAAGAAGGACUUUGAAGAAAACUUCGCUCCCAAAUUUUUCGCCGACAUGGAGAAGCUAGCUGGUGAUAAGGGAUAUUUUGUCAGCAAUCAGCUGACAUCGGCUGACAUCGCCUUCUAUGGCAACUACGAAUCCAUCAAGGAUUUCGUCACCCUGCCCAGUUUUGACAAGUACCCCAAGCUGAAGAAAGUGGUCGCCAGUGUCCAGGCCAACCCCGGGAUCGCCAAGUGGCUGAAGGAACGUCCACAGACUGCCUGGUAGUCAGAACGUCACAGAACCUUAUCUUAUACCUAUAGUCCAUGGGCCAGGACGGGUUUUUUUUGUACCACUGAGAGCGACCAGAGCUACCAUAGAUUUUUUGAAUCUGCAAUAUCAAACCAAAGUUGAUUUGUGUAUGGCACCACCGCUUUCCUAUUGUAAUCAUGUGACCAAACGGCGUCAAUAGAAUGAACUUUGGGGGGCUAAAUACAAAAGACCACGACAAAUUAUCAAACAUCAAUCAUGUUCUGUUAAAAUCGGUUUGUAGAUAAAACAUGCCUUGAGAAUCACAAAAUAAUCAAUAUUUUGUCGAUACUCAGUAUCUUUAGGAAAUUAUGAGUCUUUAAACUGCGAUU